GCAAACAUCUGUGAUGCCCAACGACUCGGCCAGGUUGACCGUGCCACGCAGGAGACCUGGUCAACAACACGGAGGAUGGAGUCCAACGUCCAACAACUGAGUCAAGGUAGGCAAAUGUGGCUUAGACCUUGCCCACACCCAGACCUCUGCCUCAUAAAAAUGUAUUCCAAAACCCAGCAAGCCUCAUCCACGCAAUGCUGACUCGCACGUGUGCCAGGCAUGAGCUCAUUCAGUGAGAGACUUGAGGCAAGAAUGACAGAAGACCAGCAUGCGCUGGAGGCCAAGCAAGACAAGCUGCUUGCCAACACAGAGCAACUUCUCGAUAGUCACAAACAGCUGCUUGACAACAGACGCGAAGAAUCUCGAGCAGAGCAAGUCCAAGUCAACGUAUAUAAUGUGUUUUAUUGUUUCCUGACAGCCAGUCCGUCUUUUGACUCCAAGACUGGGACUCUCCAGAAUCUGCAGGCCGGCAAUCGACUCAUACGCUCAACGACGCCACUAUCAAUGGACGAAUUGAGAACGACCCUGUCUACAACACCACUGUCCCGCUCUCCAUCUCACCUUUCGCCUUUCGGCUUCCCGCAUAGUCCAAGCUCACAAUACGACAGCAACAAGGCCGUGAAAUCCUGGCUACGAGAAGCCCAGAGACCGGAGCGAACAGCGGCACAAGAUCUCCGCUCGUGCCUUGGAGACAUUACAGCACAAGCCGACCUGGACGAGCAAGACCGUGUGGCCUACAUUCUAGCCUCGGACGAGCUUCGGAACUGGUUGCGCACAACGACCUCACAGGUCCUUGUUGUUGAGCUCCGCCACAGCCCCCGAGAUCAACACUUUACCGCGUCCUCGUACGCUUCGGCUGUGCUCGCCCGGUCUCUAACUCGUACCGCGUCUCCCAUUGUUCUGACACACCUUUGCUCCUCGCGUGAGACAGAUCCAGAGAACGGCACAUUCGCUGGCGGCAAAGGCGUGCUGGUCUCGCUCGUGGGACAACUCGCGUCGCAAAUAGUGUCGCCUAAGCACAGAUCAGGAACAGGUGUGCCAGUUGAUCUUGGCUUUCUUGUGAACGACAAGAGCGCCAAGUUCAGCCGCAUUUCAAACAGCACAUCUAAGCUUCUGGCAGUCUUUGAAAGAAUGCUAGAUCUCCUACCGCCGGCUUCUGGCACGGUCUACGUCAUACUCGACGGGAUCUGGCGACUAUCUCCGGAAAGCAAGGAGACGAAACGCGUGAUUGCAGGACUCCUCAACCUCGCUGCGAGACUGUACACGUCCUCCCAGCGCGGCGAGAAAAGAACUGUGUUGAAGAUGUUCAUCACCGAGCCGUUUUCCACUGACCUACACGAGUUCAUCUCGGACGGCGACGACCAUGGUCGUAGCAGACGAGGACCACGCCGGUCCAUGUCGCCGCCUUCAUCGUCAAAACAUCCUUAUAUCAAAGAGCUCUCUGUCCCUGAGCACAUCCCCGGCGGCAACCGCGCAGGCGUGAAUGUAGCCUGGGUCAACGAGGAAGUCGACGCCAUGAUUCACGAGUGUACUUCCUCGUCCUCGUCUGCCGGCUCGGCCAAUGGGUCCGGCGCCGAGUCCGAGGGCAGAGAAGUGUACGGCAGCCGCCGGAGACCAGGUGAUCCGUGGCGGAAAGGGAAGAAGGACAGCCAGCUCUCCGUAGGGAGCGGGAAUCGGACAAGUCGUCGUGGCCUACGUCGAGAUCAGGGGCGGCGGUCGAACUCAUUCUCGAGUGAUUCUGAUGGUGAUUGAGCUAGAGAACAGGAAGGGGUCUCGAACAUCUCAUAGGCUUGAAUUUUAAGAUGCAAACGAAGUACCCUCCUGAUGCCACACUUCGCUACUCUCAUGAAUCGAUCGUCUAUAAGUCACAGGAAUUUAAACAACCAGUGGCCGAGAAAUACUUG